GGAGUUUGUCUCUUACUCUCACGACCUGCGACGACCGUCAUGCCUUUCCUUGCGGAUUAUGACCUAUCGGACAGCUUGCACGCUGCGAACAGUUUACAUGCUAGGGAUGCCCGGGAUACACUGACGCCUACGCCUACGCAGAGGACCACGCUGAUUGUUGCGGCGUGUUAUAUCAUUGCUAUUGCGAUUCUGUGGCAUGUACCGUUCUUGAGCUGGAUAAUUUAUCCGUUUAAAUUACUUACGGUCGGCUUCCACGAAAUGAGCCACGCCAUCGCAGGCGUGCUCACCUGUGCGCGCAUUCACUCCGUCGAGCUUGACCCCGACGAGGGUGGCGAGACGCGUAUGUCGGGCGGGAUCCCCUGGAUCACGCUCCCGGCGGGCUAUCUGGGCUCGUCGUUCAUCGGCGCGGCGCUCAUCGCGUGCGGGUUCGAUACGAACGCGAGCAAAGUCGCGUGCCUCGUCCUCGCGGCGUUCUUCCUGUUCACGCUUUGGUGGGCGCGCCGGAAUUGGCUGACGUGGCUGCUGAUCCUCGGCAUGGCGGGCCUGAUCGUGCUGUUUUGGUUCGUCGCGGGCGGGGUUGCGCUGCGCUACUUCAUCCUCUUCAUCGGCGUGAUGUCCUGCAUGUACGUCCUAUGGGACGUCAUUGAUGAUACCAUCGCGCGCAAGAUCCAUAGCUCCGACGCCUCCGCCUUCGCCGACAUCUGCGGCUGCUGCCCCUCCCAAGUCUGGGGCGUCAUCUGGCUCAUCAUCGCCUUUGCCUUCUUCGCCGCGGGCAUCGUUGUCGGCCUCGCCGCCUUCAAGCAGUCCGCCGCGCAGCAGGAGGCGGACUCGCACCAUUUCCUGCCCGUGCCGGGGUCGAGCGGUGCCCUCACCAUCGCUCCGUCAUUAUCGACGUAUUGUACUGCUUUGCUCUGUGCGCUGCUGUUAAAUUUUGGAAUAUGA